UAGUGGCACUACCGAGGUCGGAGUCGGAGUCGAGACUCGUGAUCCACCGGGUGAUCAACACAGUCCGCGAGCCGCUUCCCUGAGAGCGUGUUAGUAAUUUAUUUUUAAAAAUUGCCUCCAACAAAUCGUACACGUUGUGCUGAGUGUGCAAAUUGCCCCACACUGUUGACAAUUAAAUUUACAAAUGAUAGUUGGAUAAUAAAAUAUAUAUACACAUAUAUAUUUUUAAAUCGUAAUACGAGGUCGUUAAUCGACGCUCGGAAGUGACGUGUUACGUUUCUUUGUGCUCGCCUCGGGUCUUCUUAUGUUAUCAAAGAGUCUGUUUUAUUUAUUCCUCAUUACACUAGAUACUCUAAGACUCAUUUUAAUUGCAAGUGAUGGUGUAGUGCCACUGGAUAUUUUUUAAAUACAACAAUUAUAAUAUUUUAAUGGUUGGGUAAAUUUGAAUUGGAGUUUUAAAGUUGAAGGAGUUUAUAUUUGGUGACAAGGGUGUUGUAUUAUGUUAAACAACUCGGCUCUAGGUGGCCGCGAAUUAUUAAUAAUUACAAUAAUACGUGCGCAUGUGUCCAGUGGGAUUUUAUAAUAAACUUCUUGACACCUCUCUGGAUACUUUGACGGUGCCUACAUCUGGACUGUCUCAUGUCAGAAUGGCGCUGGCGCGACUCGCGGUGAGCGACUGUGCGCCUCAAACGUCGCGGGUUAGUUCAAAUUUACACAGCAGUAGUAGCAUGGCGGUAAGCCGUGUUCCAAGCCCGCCACCUCUUGAAGUUAACACCCCAGUUGCUGAAAAUUGGUGUUAUACACAGGAUUUAUGUACACAGGUGAAGGUGGUCAAAUUCAGCUACAUGUGGACGAUUAAUAACUUCAGUUUUUGCCGGGAAGAAAUGGGCGAGGUUCUUAAAUCAUCGACAUUUUCUGCUGGGUCCAAUGAUAAACUUAAAUGGUGCCUGAGAGUUAAUCCAAAAGGCCUCGACGAAGAAAGCAAGGAUUAUUUAUCACUUUAUCUGCUUCUCGUGUCUUGUAAUAAAUCAGAAGUCAGAGCAAAGUUCAAAUUUUCAAUUCUUAAUGCCAAAAAAGAAGAAACCAAAGCUAUGGAGAGCCAACGAGCCUACAGGUUUGUCCAGGGCAAGGACUGGGGCUUCAAAAAAUUCAUAAGAAGAGACUUCUUGUUAGAUGAAGCUAAUGGUUUAUUACCGGACGACAAACUAACGAUAUUCUGCGAGGUCAGUGUGGUAGCAGAUAGUGUCAAUAUUUCCGGUCAAAGUAAUACAAUACAAUUCAAAGUACCAGAAUGCCGGUUACCUGAGGAUCUUGGUACACUUUUUGAAAGCCAAAAAUUCAGUGACGUUACAUUAACUGUCUGUGGUAAUGAAUUUAGAGCGCACAAGGCUAUUUUAGCAGCGCGUAGUCCAGUUUUCUCGGCCAUGUUCGAGCACGAAAUGGAGGAACGGAAACAAAAUCGCGUUGAUAUUACGGACGUUGACUACGAGGUGCUCAAAGAGAUGCUGAGAUUUAUUUACACGGGCAAGGCUACAAACCUCGAGAAAAUGGCGGAUGAUUUGUUGGCCGCAGCAGACAAAUAUGCUCUCGAGAGGCUCAAAGUCAUGUGCGAAGAAGCGCUUUCCACAAAUUUAGCUAUUGAGAAUGUCGCGGAAAUUUUUAUACUCGCGGAUCUUCACAGUGCUGACCAACUAAAACACCAGGCCAUAGACUUUAUUAAUACACAUGCAACAGACGUAAUGGACACACCUGGAUUCAAAACGAUGGUGAAUACGCAUCCACACUUAAUAGCCGAGGCAUUUCGUGCACUAGCAACGCAACAAAUACCGCCCAUUGGUCCGCCUCGCAAACGUGUGAAACAAAGCUGAAAGCAAUCAUCGUUGCUAUUGAUACCGGGCACAACAACAGUGUCUUCACCGCCCCACCUACAUCCCUCUUGACUUUAUUUUCGUGUACAGUGAGAUAUUAUAAUACGCGUAGUGCUAAAAUUAAUGAAUAAAUAAAUAAAUAAAUAAUUAAAUAAAAUAAAAUAAUAAUAAAUGUUUCCUAGUGCGACCACCAUUUUUUUGUCGGCCGUCGCAACGACUAGUGUCCAUGGUCCGUGAUAAAAAAAUUUUUAAAAAAACAAGAAGAAGAAGAUUAAGAAAUAAAAUUUAUAAAUAAUUAACUCACGGCCAGUUAAGCGGGAAUCCGCAAACUUUUUUUGUGUUCAGUGAGUGUCGGUAGUGUGUCAAAAAAUAAUUUAAAAUGAAUAAACUCAUUAAAGUGCAACGAAAAAUGUCAUGAGCUAUUUAAAGUUCUCGGUUUAUGAGAAUUAAUAAUAAUUAAUUAAUUAAUUAAUUUGUAUACCCACCAAUUGAGUUUUUUUACCCACCUUUAAAUACCCGUCCCCUAACGAUCGCCGUUUUAUCUCCGUCUGUAAGAAAUUCGAGUUACUGUUGAUCUACGGUAUCGAUAUUGACAGUCAAUGCAGUUGAUAUCGAUAGUAUUGAUGGAAAUAAGAAUAUACAGAGCUUGAAAAGGAUAAAAACGAAGAUAGAGAACUUAGAUGGUACUAACGUCAAUUUAUUGCAUUGAAAUUCACAAUCAAUGCAGACAAUAUCAAGAUUAUUUGCUGAUGUCAACGAUCAUGCAGCUUAACAAGACUCCGAGAGGAUAAAAUCAAGCAAAAAGAUUUGAAUGAUACUUGUAUUGAUAUUUAUAGUCAAUGCAGUAAAUAUUUAUUGAUACUGGUAGAAAUAAGGAUAAUUAACACUCGGAAAAGAUAGAAAUGGAUCUGGAUGUCACUAAUGUCAAUUUAUUGUAUCGAUAUUCACAAUCAAUGCAGUUAAUAUCAGUAUUAUCUACUGAUGUCAAUGAAAAUGCAUCUGCACAAGACUCCGAGAGGUUAGAAGCAAGAAAAAAGAUUUGAAUGAUCUUUGCAUUGAUAUUUAUAGUCAAUGCAGUUAAUAUUUAUUGAUACUGGUAAAAAUGAACAUAAGUAACACUCGUAAAGAAUGAAAAUGAAGAAAGGAAGCAAUCAAACAGACAAAAAUAGGCCAUUACUCGUCGAUUGAUGCACAGAUGUUACCAGCAUCUGCGUCAAUGCAGCGUAAAUCAGCGAUAUCAGUGAAUAAAAAUGUCGUAAAGGAUAAAAAUGAAGACGGAGGGACCAAGACGAUCAUAACCAGCCAUGUCCACGUACCGAUACUUAGAACAAGUUGUGAUAAGGCGUCGGCCAGACUUAUUGUGUAACACGUUUAUUAUUUUAUUUAUAAUUUAGUUCCAAAAUGGAUCAUACGAUAAAUCUUAAAAAAUAAGGAUACAUAAAUUACUACGCUAAUUCGAGAAUCGAUUUAUCAAGACUUAGAUACUUUGUUUAUGAUAGUGAUUUAUAAUGUAAUUGAAAUGAUUAAAAAUAUAAAAAAUUAAAAUUAAUAUUAAUGUCAAACUCUUCCAGAUAAAAGGGAAAAUGAUUCUAGUUAGUGUUUUUUAUGAUCUCUUUCUCUUAAAUACAAUCGACUAUUAUUAAUUAUUACUAUUAUUAUUAUUAUUAUCAUUAUUAUUAUUAUUAUUAUUAUUACUACAAUUUUAAUUAUAAUUACUAUUAAUUAAUAUUAUUAUUGUAUUCUUACAGUCUGUGCCUUGUAUAUUUUCUGAUUUACUUAGACUUUAAUUUUUUUUUCGGCACAAUUUUUUUUUUAUCUUUUUUUGACUUGCGUAGUUAAAGUGAUAGCUUUUUUUUAUUUUGUUAAUUAAAGGUUGUCCAUAAUAAUUAAAAAAAAAAAAUUAAAAAAUAUUUUUUUUUAAUAAACGUAACUAAAAAAAAUUUUAAUGUGACAAUUAGACAAAUUAAUAAAUAAUUGUUGUUAAAAAAAAAGUAAUGAGGCAUAAAAAAAUAAAUGGAUGAUAAUAAAAAAUGUAUAGAAUGUUAGUAAAUUAUAGCGGUAAAAAAAAAUAUUAAUCGUUUUUUGUGUAACAGACGAUAAAUAAUUAAAAUGAAUAAUAAUGUGUGGAUAAUUAUGGGCAACCGGAAGAGUAAAACAAAUAAUAAUUAGUAAUUAAUAAUUAUUAAUUAUCGAAAAGUAAUUAUUAAUAAUUAAUGAGAAAUGAGUAAUAGAAUAAUUUUUUUUUUUUAAUAAUUGUACUGGCUUCCCGAUCCUCCGAAACGUUAGUUUAUACUGUUUUAAUUAAUUAAUUAAUUAAUUAAUUAGUUAAUUAAUUGAUUGAUUGAUUUAUUGGAUAAUAAUAAUAAUUAAUAACAACAAUUAUAACUACUACCAUUUACAUUAAUUAAUGACGAUUAAUGCCAUACAUUUUCUGUGAUAAGUCCAAUGUAAUUAUUGCAACUAUUUCUUAUUCCCAAUUAAUAUCUUUUUUAAUUCGAUUUAUUGAUAAACGACUUUUCGAUCCCGCAGCCAGUUGCCGAUUUAAUAAUUAUUACUAUUUUAAUCAUUUUUUCUGUUUAGUUUUUUUUUUUUAAAUUUACAAUUAUUGUAAUUAACGAUAUUGAAAUUUUAAAACUAUUCAAUUCACACGGAGAGAAAUUUACGGUAACAAUUACAAUUUUUUGUGGUAAUAGUUACAGUAUCGUAUGGUAACAGGAUUUUUUAAAUAUUGAUUAUAGGAAUGAUAACUUUUACUGUGUAAAUUAUGGUAAUCAUUCCUAUAUGGGGUUUUAAUUCUAUACGUUGUCAGAAUAGUUCUUUUUAUGGUAAUUAUUAUCGUCAUAUUACGGUCACGAUUCCUGUAAUUUAUAGUAAAAGUUACCAUAAGAUUACGGUAAUAGUAAUCGUAACAUUAUGAUAACUUUUACUAUAGUAACUUAUGAUACAUUUUUUAUAAGGUGGUAAUAAUUACCGUGAUAUUAUGGUAAUAAUUACCAGAGUGUUAUGAUAUUUAUUACCGUACAUUAUGGGAUUUAUUCAUAUAAUGCUAUGGUAAUCAUUACUGUGGUAUCGUGGUAAUUAUUACCGCGAUAUAAUGGUAAUAAUUACUACAAUAAUACAGUAAUCAUUUCCACAGUGGUAUGAUAUUAAUUACUGUACAUUGUGGAACUUACUCCUAUAAUAUUAUGAUAAUUACUGUGGUAUCGUGGUAAUUAAUACCGUGACAUUAUGAUAAUAAUUACGGAAUAAAACAGUAAUAAUUGCCACAGUGGUAUAAUGUCAAUUACCGAAUAUUGUGGGAAUUAUUCCUAUCAAACGAUGGUAAUAAUUACUGUGGUAUCGUGGUAAUUAUUAUCGCGAUAUAAUGGUAAUAAUUACUGCAAUAAUACAGUAAUCAUUUCCACAGUGGUAUGAUAUUAAUUCCCGUACAUUGUGGAACUUACUCCUAUAAUACUAUGAUAAUUACUGUGGUAUCGUGGUAAUUAUUGCCACGAUAUCAUGGUAAUUAAUACCGUGACAUUAUGAUAAUAAUUACCGGAAAAAAACAGUAAUAAUUGCCACAGUAGUAUAAUAUCAAUUACCGAAUAUUGUGGGAAUUAUUCCUAUCAAACGAUGGUAAUAAUUACUGUGGUAUCGUGGUAAUUAUUAUCGCAAUAUCACGGUAAUUAAUACCGCGAAAUUAUGGUAAUAAUUACCGGAAUACUACAGUAUUAAUUAUCACAGUGGUAAGAUAUUAAUUACCGUACAUUGUGGGACUUUAUCUCAUAACACUAUGGUAAUUAUUACUGUGAUAUGAAGGUAAUUAUUACCGUGAUUUAUAGUAAUAAUUACCGGAAUAGUGUGGUAUCAAUUACUAUACAUUAUGGGAAUUAUGACCACCAAAUGUGGUAAUCAAUACCAUGUUGACAUCAGUAAUUAUUACUACAAUUAAAUUACCAUACGAUGUAGGAAUUUUUACCAUAAUUUCAAAAAUUGUUUCCAGUUAUGGAAAUUUUUCUUAGAAAUAAUUGGCAUCCAUCCCAUAAUUUCAAGUAAUAAUUACCAUAACCUUGGGCUAUUUAAUAAACGUCCUAAGAACAGUUACCAUAAUUUUCUCAUCGUCUAUCAGUUCUGUCAGUCCCAAAAACAAAUAUGUGUAUUAUUAAGCUUCAGUUAUUUAUCAUAAAUUUGUAAUUUUUAAUUUCAUGACUUUAUUAAAGAAAAAAAAAAUACUGAAAAUACGUUUUUUUUUAAUUUAAUUAAAUUUAAAUCUUUUUUUCAAUUAAAAAAAAAUUCGUAUAAAAAUUACUGUAAUUAUUUUAUCAACUCGACUGCGAAUUUAAAUCUAUGUAUCAAAAAAUAAUAAUAAAAUUAAUGAAAAAAAAAAAUAAAUAAAUAAAUAAAAUUGGGACUGGAACAGAAAAAAUUGUCAAAUUAAAAAAAAUGUUUACCGAGCGACAAUUUGUGUAAUAUACGUCUAUAUAUAUAAAAAAAAAAACAAAAAAAAAAAAAAAAAAAUACAAAAAACAAAAAAAAAAUAAAAAAAAGAUAAGAAAUAUUCAAUCUGUAGGAAGAAUAUAUGAGCGUAUGACUGGAUAAUUGAUAAUUUGAUAAACUAAGUACAAGUAAGACAAGUGUUACCUCAUCAUAAAUCUGUUUGUUGUCGAUAAAAAUUACUACUGCUGUUAAAUUAAAUCGUCAACUUCCACGUCUGCAUUUACUGUAAUCCAGCUUUUUAUUUCACCGGUUCCUUAAUCAAUUAAUUAAUUAAUUAAAAAACAAAUAAAAAAUUUAAGUGAAAAUAUUUAAGUGGGCAGUAGUAAUUAUUAUAAACAAUAAAACCGUUCAUCGAUCCCAGCUCAUAUAACGUUCAUAAAUAAUUAUUAUUAUUAUAAUUAUAAUUAUUUUUUUCAUUUAUUAUUUUUAAGUCAUUGCACCACAUCAAAUAAAAUUACAUUUUCAUUAUAUAAAAAAUAUAAAUACGAGCUUAGAUAAUUUUUAUUUUAUUCAUUUCCUAGUUGUCACAUUAUUUUAAUUCAUCCCAGCAUCCUUUUAUUCAGGGCAUUUUCAGGCAGUACCCCCUCCCUUUUUCAAAAUAUUCAAGUAUUCGUCACCACAUUUUAAUUUUAUUUUUAAAAACCCCAGCGGUUACAAUUCCGCCGAGAUAUAGACCGGAAGUCCCAUUUUCUGGCCACUUCUCUUUCUGGACAUUAAGGGGAAAAAGGUCUGAGUUACAGACCUCGUUAUAAGACUAUUAGUUUCCCUCUCAAACUAUCGCGAUAUCUGGUUUAUAAAAAAAACAGAAUGAGUCUUAUAACGAGGUCCGACCGUUAUUAAAAUUCUCAAAAUUUGUGACCUUAUUAAGCAUCAGUCCAAGAAUAUUCUCCUAAAUUUUCAUAAAAAAAUAUUGAAAACUGAGCCUGUGGUAGUGGGGAGAGACGAGUCACCUAAAAAAUAAACUGAUAAAAUCUAAAUACUUUCAACAGUUCAAGAACUUGAAUAUUUUUAAAAAAGUGGGGGCGUUGCCAGAGAUUGCCCUUAAAACUCAUGGUAAGUUUAAGGUUUGUUGUGACCAAUAUCAAAAAUAAUAAUUAAAUACAUUAAUAAUAAUAAUAAUAAUGAUAACUAUAAUUAAUAAUAAUAAUAAAUAAUAAAGCGGGUUGAUGAAUAUAAAUAAAUAAAUGUGUAUAUCGUGAUUAUUAAAUAAAAUAAAUCCAACUUACAUCCAGUGAAAUUUUUUGUUGCCGGUCGUAUUAUCGUUUUAUUUAUUUUUUUAUACAAAGUUUAUUAAUUAAACUUGGCUAGGGCUUAGUUUAAAUAGCUGGUGAUUAAUUUUAUUUAUUUAUAUAUUGAGAUAUUUAUUUAUUUGGUUAAUUGGUCAGCGUCACCAAAGCGUCGACGACAUUCCCUCGGUGUUCCCUUAGAGUUCUCUCGGCUCUACUUCUACUUAUUUCCAUUUCUUUCAU